ACCGACACCAGAGCCUGUCCGCCCGCCACCCCGAAGCCCCUCCAGCUUGUAAACGUUCCCCUGUCCCCCACCACAACCUGGACCUGACGCGAACCCACUCCUCUCGAGCCACUCACACUCCUCCUUUUGCUGGAAAAUAAAACAAAGUCAGACUUUAAGAAGUGCAAUUGACAAGAACGGCUGCAUCGGAGAACUUUUUCUCUUUUUUACCCCCACUUUUUGGCCCCGUGCUGGGGCAGGACAACAAGAGCAGGCCGGGAGGGAAACGUUGAUAAAGGCGACCGUAUGAUGUGGAUCUGGUACCUUCUGCUUGGUUCGGGGUCAGGCUCAAGAACUGUAGAGGGCCAGCUGCUUCCUGGGAAUAACUUCACCACGGAGUGCAACAUCCCUGGAAACUUCAUGUGUGGAGAUGGGAAGUGUGUACCAGGCGGCUGGCAGUGUGACGGAUUACCCGACUGCUUUGACAAGAGCGACGAGAAAGGCUGUCCUAAGGUCAAGUCAAAGUGUGCUCCUACAUUCUUCCCCUGUGCUAAUGGCGUCCACUGCAUCAUCGGGAGAUUUCGCUGUAAUGGCUUCAGCGAUUGUCCAGACGGGAGUGACGAGGAAGACUGCAUCGGCAACCCACUGGUGUGCUCUGAGGCUCGUUUCGAGUGCCGAAAUGGGCGAUGUGUAGACCGCAGCUUCCUAUGCAACGGAGAAGAUAACUGUCAGGAUAACAGUGAUGAGGAGCUUUGCCUGACCACAGCGGAAGCUCCUGGCCAGGACUUUGUGACACUCGACUAUCGUCUUCGCUACUACCCGAGCAUCACCUACGCAGUCAUCGGCAGCGCUGUCAUCUUCGUCCUGGUGGUGGCCUUGCUGGCUUUGGUGCUGCAUCACCAGAGGAAACGGAGCAUUCUCUUACCCAGAGGUGUAAGAGGGAACUCCCACCAUCACCACCAGCCCCUUCUGCUGUCCCGGCUGGUCAUACUGGACCGGGGUCACGUACAUGCCAGAAGUCCGGGUCUCUCCCCCAGCUCCUCCACUGUAGCAGGCCAGUACAGCUCAGUCCCUCAGGCACUGCAGCUCCUAUCUGGGACCCUGUAUCCCUCCACACUCUCCAUGGACUCACCUCCAUCGUACUCAGAAGCUGUUCUGGAUGUCAGUCGGCCUCCCUGGUUCGAUCUCCCUCCGCCUCCUUAUCUCCCAGAUGUAGAACUUCCUUCUGAAGGCGAGCUUCCUCAAUACAAUGGUCCACAGGACCCUUUGAGUUCCCCCACACCUCAUCCCUCUGCACCCUCCACAUCCAGAACUGUGACCUCAGACACACAGCAGAGUUUCAUCCCCACAGAAGAGUCAGACCAGCUGUAGCUACUCUCCUGCAAGCUGAUAGCACUUUGGACUGCAAGCCUGCAAGAGUCAAGGAUCAGGCUGCUGGGCUGUGUGAAACUACAGGACAGUCCAGGACUAAAUCCUGGUUGAGGAGAUUCAACAAGAGGUGAAAGGCUUAACACGGUCCUCAACUGGCUGCCUGCACAUCAGUUUGCUGAAGCACCGGACUGAGCCCAGCGCCUCCUGGUAGACUCUGCUUAUGUGAUGGUGCCCCCUGCUGGCAUAACUGCUGCAUUACACUUUUGUUAGUUACUAUACUGUCAGUUAAAUUGGUAUUUCUUCAAUUAAGUUGACUUGUAGCCCCUUUUGAAAAAAUAGCAUACAACCACAACCUGCGUCUCCAGAAAAGGAGAUGGUAAUCAGUUACUCAAUCAGAAUUAAUAGCUUCUUCUAACCGUAAUAGAAGUUGUGAUAUUUUUGUGUGUUUGAGAAACACUAUCGCAGCACUUGAAGAGCUGAAGGCUAGCAGCAUUUUGUAACGCCCCCUAAUUAGGUUUUUUUUUUUUUUUUUUUUUUUUUUGCAUCAACAAGAUUUUCCAUAACUCAUUAUGGUUUUUUUUUUGUUUCUUUUUUUUGUUUUUUUGUUUGUUUUUUGAAGUGCAAAAUGAUCCAAAUACCAGAUCAAAUCCAAACUUGAUUUACUGUUACAGUAUUUCUAAAGAAUAUAUCGAAAAACAUGAAGCGAAACAGUAGUGAUUUUUUUUAAACUGUUGACAGUGUUUAUGUGAAAAUAAACGUAUGAUAAUGUGAGACAAACUAAAUGUGCUGCAGCUUUUUAAAUUAGACUUUAAACAACAGAUAAUGAGGCUGUUUCUGUUAUUCACUGUUUUUCCCACAUCACACAUGAAAAGGACCACUGAGAUUUAUUGGAAUUAUGCAGGGUAAAUUUCUACCUUUAACAUGGUAAAUCAUUCCUUUAAAGAUCCACAUCUGUUGGCUGAAAAUCACUUUUUUAAAUGUUUGAAGACCAAAACUACUUUUGGGAAAAAAGAGAGAGAAAACAAACAGAUAGAAAGGAUUUUGUAGAGGCCUUAUUCUCUGUUAGUGCCUUUGUAUGUUAUAUGUAAACGGGCACAAAUAUUCUUUUUAAAGGCACCAAGAACAGCAGCCUGAUGUGAGAUUAAACAGGAAGUUCAUAGUCAAUGUUUAAAUUAAUGUAUAUAAAACAGAAAAAAUGAUCCAUAGUAGUAUUAGAACGACAAAAUACAUAUCUGAAGGAUUUGUGCACUGUACAUAGGACUUAGACAGGCAAAGAAAUCUAUUUAAAGUAGGAUACUACUCAGAGUUUAAAGAGAAAUGAGAUGUAGUUGUGAUUUCAAUCUUAUUUUUUUUUUUUUGUUUGUUUGUUUGUUCUUUUUUUUGUUGUUUUCUGGAGAAAGCGGUGAUAAUGCUGGUCCAAAAGUAAUACUAGUCAUAACCAAACCAAAGAAAAUCAUCAUUAACCCUUCCCCAAGAUUUUACCUUCCAAAGGAAAAAUUGUGUCUGUUGCUUCCUUUUAUAAACAAGCAAAUGUUUGAGUUAUGCUACUUGCAGUAAAACUGGAAAACGUUUCUCAGGACAACAUUACACCAGUGUUGAUAUCUUGGUUGUAAUUUGAAAAACAAUCAGUGUCAAGUUUUUGUUUGUUUGUUUUUUGUUCUGACUUAUUCUGUCAUAUUUGUGAAGUUGUCCAUGGUCAUAUUUCUAUUCCCUGUAUUCCCUGUACAUUUGAAGUUAUAUAAAUUUCUGACUCA